GCCUUUUUCUCCUCUGACGGUGCCCCAUGCCCAGAGGCAGCAGAUGUCCAACGGCAGCUCCAUCACCCAGUUCCUCCUCCUGCCAUUCGCACACACGCGGGAGCUGCAGCUCUGCCACUUCUGGCUCUUCCUGGGCAUCUCCCUGGCUGCGCUCCUGGGCAACGGCCUCAUCAUCACCAGCACAGCCUGCGACCAGCGCCUCCACACCCCCAUGUACUUCUUCCUCCUCAACCUCUCCCUGCUGGACCUGGGCUGCAUCUCCACCACUGUCCCCAAAUCCAUGGCGAUUUCCCUCUGGGACACCAGGGCCAUCUCCUACACAGGCUGUGCUGCACAGCUCUUUUUUGUUCUCUUUUUCAUUUCAGCAGAGUAUUUUCUCCUCACUGCCAUGUCCUACGACCGCUACGUGGCCAUCUGCAAGCCCCUGCACUAUGGGACCCUCCUGGGCAGCAGAGCUUGUGUCCACAUGGCAGCAGCUGCCUGGGGCAGUGGCUUUCUCACUGCUCUGCUGCACACAGCCAAUACAUUUUCACUGCCCCUGUGCCGAGGCAAUGCUGUGGAGCAGUUCUUCUGUGAAAUCCCCCAGAUCCUCAAGCUCUCCUGCUCACACUCCUACCUCAGGGAAGUUGGGCUUCUUGUGGUUGGUGUCCUGAUUGCUGUUGGCUGUUUUGUUUUCAUUGUGGGGUCCUAUGUUCAGAUCUUCAGGGCUGUGCUGAGGAUGCCCUCUGAGCAGGGACGCCACAAAGCCUUUUCCACGUGCCUCCCUCACCUGGCCGUGCUUUCCCUCUUUGUCAACACAUCUGUCUUUGCCUACCUGAAGCCCCCCUCCAUCUCCUCCCCAUCCCUGGAUCUGGUGGUGUCAGUGCUGUACUCGGUGGUGCCUCCAGCAGUGAACCCCCUCAUCUACAGCCUGAGGAACCAGGAGCUCAAGGAUGCUGUGCGGAAGCUGGUGAAUGGAUGGGUUUCAGCAACCAUAUACUGCUUCCUUUACCCUGCAAAGGGCUUCCAGUGUAGGUCAUGACAGGCCAUAUGUGUCUUUCCUGCUUUGCAUUUGUUUUCUUAUUUCAAUUUGUGAUGGUGUUGUCUUCAUAGAAAUGUCAGUUUUCAUCUCCUCCUAAUUAAGUUGCCACUCGUGUUGUGUGACCCACAGACUUUGUGUCACUCUGGUCUCUGAUUGUAUUUAAGGGAAAUAAAUGGUCCUGCAGCAA